CUGGCAGAGAGUUAAGUGGAGUAGACUGAAUGCCAUCAAGAUAAGACAAACAUCACAAGUGCUAAAGACAGUAGAUGGCUCAGACUGCCUACCCAUGUGUACCGUGUGUGUCUUCUGACAGAUGAGAUCUCAGCGGAUCCUGACAGCGUCCGUGCAGACGUUCAUUCAUUACACUCAAAACCGAAGGCACUAUCAGAAAAGUUGUAAAGCGAUCUGAGAAUCGUCGCACCUGACUGAAAGGGUCCGUUUCAUGAAUGAGGUAUCACGAAAGAGCAUCAUUGUAUUUAACAUCAGAUUUGGAGGAUCUCAAGCGGAUCGCGGCUGAUCUUGUCGUUGACUUGCAGAAGUGUUGCAGUGAUAGAGUUGUACAGAGUUACAGCAUGGAUUACUUUUUAUUUCGACUCUUCUGUUCUGUGGCUUUGGCGUCGCUUAUUGUUCAAAGGGCAGAUUCAAAUGAAAUCCUUGGACUAAAGAUCCCCUUUGACCCUAUUUUGAAUGCCAACACGGUGUGUCUGACUUUGCCCGGUCUCACCAAGAAACAGCUGGACGUGUGUAUGAGACAUCCAGAUGUGACAGCCUCUGCAAUACAGGGCAUCCAGAUUGCCAUCCAUGAGUGCCAGCAUCAGUUCAGAGGACAUCGCUGGAAUUGCUCUAGCCUGGAGACCAGAAACAAGAUCCCCUAUGAAAGUGCUGUCUUUAGCAGGGGUUUCAGAGAAAGCGCAUUCGCCUACGCCAUCGCGGCAGCCGGAGUCGUGCACGCCGUGUCCAACGCCUGCGCCAUGGGCAAGCUGAAGGCCUGCGGCUGCGACGAGAAACGGAGAGGAGACGAAGAGGCUUUUAGGCUGAAACUCAACCGUCUGCAACUGGAGGCCAUCAACCGGGGUAAAGGCAUGGUCCACGGAGUAAUGGAGCACUUUCCUGCCGAUACUCUAGGUCCCCAGGACUCAUGGGAAUGGGGCGGUUGCAGUCCGAAUGUGGAGUUUGGGGAACGCUUCUCCAAGGAGUUCCUAGACUCCCGCGAGACAUACAGAGACAUUCACUCCAGGAUGAGACUUCAUAACAACAGAGUUGGCAGGCAGGUUGUGGUGGACCACAUGAGGAGAAAAUGCAAAUGCCACGGAACGUCAGGAAGCUGUCAGCUCAAGACCUGCUGGCAGGUGACUCCAGAAUUCAGAACGGUGGGCACGCUGCUGAAGGAACGCUUCAACAUCGCCACACUAAUAAAAGCCCACAACAGAAACACGGGUCAGGUGGAGCACGCCCACGGCCACCCCACUCACCGACGGAGGGCACACGUGCAUGAUCUAGUCUACUUUGAGAAGUCCCCUGACUUCUGCGAGAGGGACCCGGGGUCGGACUCUGCUGGAACGCAGGGUCGAAUCUGUAACAAGACCAGCCAAGGCAUGGACAACUGUGAGAGUCUGUGCUGUGGGCGGGGCCACAACAUCUUACAGCAGACUCGUAGUGAACGGUGCAAUUGCAAGUUCCACUGGUGCUGUUACGUGGUGUGCGAGGAGUGCAGGAUAACGGAGUGGGUGAGCGUCUGCAAAUGAAAAUUCGCUUUUUUAUAUUAAAUGUAUCGACACAUUAAAAACAGGGAGACUGAUAAACCCUUCCCUCAUGCAAUGGACUGCCGUUUCCAAGAUUAGAAUGGAAAGCACAAAUGUGGACCAAGCUGAAUUCAGUGCUAACUUGUGCAUGUGUUCACACACCACGUGGUUCCGGGCACACGAUUUCAGACUGAUUUUGGACUUGCACUGCAUAUGAAAAGUAUUUUUAAUUUAAGUUAAUUAAGAAUAUGAAUAUAUUGUGGAGUAUUAACAACAGAGACGCAACAUUUUUGCUUUAUUUUGGUUUUCAAAGAAAUCGAUGGCUUGUAGUAUUUGAUGGCAACGAGCAGCUGCGUGGGAUUCCGGUACUUAACGAAGAGAAAUAUGUUCAUCCAUGAUGUUUCAUAUACAAUAUGUUUGCACAGAGCCAUUUGUCAAAAGAGUUUCCCAGAUAAACUCUUGUGUUUGAAAACGGUAUCAUAUACCAGUUUAAUUCAAAAGGUCUGUUUAAUGAAUGAAAGUGUAGACCGGAUUUCAAAGGCUUCUUAACAGAGCACAUUCAGAUGAAUGGAUUUCACUCAUGUGCAAGAUCAAUGUCUAGGGACCAGCUGAAAACCUAAGAACAUCAUGUUACAUUAGUAUGGACAUUUAUUGUGGUCAAAGACAUGAAAAAAAAACAUUAUUAAACAGAAAAGAGGAAUCAUAAAAACUUCAUGGAAGAAGAUUUAAACCUCUAUGUCUACUAGUGUGUAUGAUUUUUUUCUGCAAACUGUUGGCUGUGUCUCUGAUCACUGUAACAGAAACAUUUUCCAUUUCUAUUUAGACAAGCGCAUUAUCACAUCCUGAUUACCAUGUUUAUGUGGUAGCUGUAGGCCUACUGACAACAACAAACAUCAUAAAAAAAUGAAAUACAUUUUCUUCCUUCAUAUUCAACUACAGUAGAAGAGACACAGCUGGCUGUUCAGAUGUGACCAUUCAAAAGUAAGGCAUCAAUUUUAAGCUUACUUAACUGAACAUUGUAACAUCAGUAGUACAGUAAGUAGGUAUUUAAAAAAAUAUAUGUAGAUAUUUAAUAAAAAGAAAAAACUGUCCAUGGCCAGUGUAAUAAACUUGAGACAUAAGUUCCAAGUUGUCUGUUUCUCUAAGGAUACUUUUCACAUUUUAAGACAUAAAAGUAAUUACAGUAAAUUUAGUGAACACUUUUGCUUGUCUAAACCAUCUUCUGAAGUGUCAGCAUUUUAAAAGGGAACGUCAAACCAAUUUAUUCCUCCACCAAUUGUUAUGUUUGUCCCAAUAUGAAAGAAGGAGAAAUUCCUUUUUUAUUUGUUUUUAUCUGCUAAGUUUGUUUGGUAAUGUUAUUGCUGUCUUCUUGUUUUAUUUAUUUAUUUGUGUGAUUUUCUAAUGACAUGAAAUAUAUGAAAUCAUCAAAAAUUCAUAUGUAAAACAAUAUUCAGUCAAUGGAAUUUUUAGCUGUCAGUUAAUUGUUUUCCAGACUUCCUAUUGUGGUGUGCUCAACAUAGAAAAGUUUCAUUUGAUUGUUUGCACCUUUAGACCAAUUAUAUCCUGGAGAAAUGACUGACAUGAAAUACUGUGUGGGUGAAUGCGUUAAUAAGCAUUUAGUUUUUACU